AAAAAAUAAUCAUAGCUUCGUCGGUUCCAGAAGUUGAUGCGCGCGCCUUUAGUAGUCCAUGUUUCUAAACAUGGCAGGUCGAAGUGGAUAUGACGAUGUUAAUCCCAGGGAUUAUGGAGGCGGCAGGAGAACUCUUGGUGGCCGUCCCCUACCCACAGAACCUCCUUACAAAGCUUACGUCGGAAAUUUGCCCUCUGGAAUUAUUCAGGGUGACAUUAAUAGAAUUUUUCCGGACCUGGCUAUCAAAAAUGUGAGGCUCGUAAUGGAUAAAGAAACGGAUCUGUUUAAAGGCUUCUGCUAUGUGGAGUUUGAGUAUUUGGAAGAUUUGAUAAAAGCGAUUGAAAUGAAUGGCGCUCUUAAUGUAGACGGUAACUUUAUAAAAAUUGAUGUUGCUGAAGAAAAAAGAAGCGAUCGGGGAGGUUUCGACCGUGGUCGACGAGACGGCGGCCGGGAUGGUGGGCGCGAUGGUGGCCGGGCGGGAGGCGGCGGAGGCUUCAGACGGGACGGCGGUGGCGGCCGCGGUACGUACGACCACUUCGAUGGGCUCGACCGCCGCGCGCCGCGCCACCAGGGUGGAGGGCUGUCACAUGACCGUGAGCGAGGAGGUGGUGGCGGUGCUGGUGCUGGUGGUGGCGGCGGCGGCGGCGGCGGCGGCGGUGGUGGCGGCGGCGAGCGAUGGGCCGAGCGCGGAGACCGAGACGGUGGUCGGUCGUCCCGCGGCGCCAGCGAGGAGCCGCGCCCCGGAGACUGGGGCCGCAUGGGCCGCUCCGCUGCACCGGCGCCGCGCCAACCCCCCGCGCGCAGAAACUUCGAAGACAUGCCGCCUUCACGUCCAGGGAGCUCGGACACAUCAGGCAGGCCGAAGUUGAAGCUUGAGCCACGAACUGUAAAAGAGCCGGUGAACUCUCUGGCGUCGACCAGUCAGGCGCACUCGAUAUUUGGCGGCGCUCGGCCGAGGGAAGAACGACUCAAGGAACUGGCGGGCGAAUAAACGCUCUAACAAUGCCCCAUAAUACCGCGUACUAUCAUCUCCCGGUCCCGUGUGUAUAUGUAUCGUCCCGAAGCCCGCUGCCGAUCCCUAUGUGUGCCCGAUAUUUACAAGCAGUCUCUACUCUCAUUGAAUGCAGUGCGAAAAAUUGUAUAUGAACUGCAAACAUUUUGUUAGGUUAUAUGAGGUUGUAAAUCAUUUUUAAAGUAUAUUUUCUUAGCUUUAUUAUGUGUAUCGAAAGAUAGCUUCUUAUUGUUUUUGCGCCGCCCCGCCUCGUUUUCGAGCCCGGGGAGCGCGCGUCGCGUCGCUUGAUUAAUAUGCAGUAUUUAAUUAUUAAAUUGCUAGUAUGUAUUGUUUGUCUCAUUAUAAGAUUUAUCCGGGCUUGUGUGUACAUACGAUAUCGGCUCGCAUAAUAUUAAUUAAUUUUUCGAAAUUAGACAUGGAAGAAACAUAUUUUUUGUUCCACAUUUUUUGGGUUGUAUGUGUACUGAAAAUAUUUGAAAUAUUGUAUUAUUUUAUUUUUAUUAUAUAGCAAUGUAUCGAUAGAGUUUCAUAAUUGAUUCUCUGUUGUAUUUGUUUUUUUUUUUCAUUUAUUAUUUGUUUAGUUUGUUAGGUCGUGAAAAAUUAAUCAUUGAAUGAGUAAUUAUGAUACAUAAUUUAAGAGUUGAUUAAUAUGGUGAUGUAAUUACGGUGUCAUUAAUAAAAUUAACUUCCACGUACUUGAAUUUCUACUUUAUUACAUAAUUGUGUAAUGGCAAGUAACGUGGCCAAGAAAUAAUAAAAAAAAUCGCAAAAAUGUAAACAGAACAUAGAAAAACGAAUAAAAAGUGAAUCUUUGUAA